CCUCCUCCAAGUUCAAGCUCUUUUUACGAUCAUUUCUGUUCCCAGAUUUGACUUGUUUUUCCUUUUUCUAUCUCCUACUUUGUACCUGCUUGGAAUGUAAUUCUAGUUUAUUGUCUGCUGAAUUUCGAGGGAUUUCGGUUUUGCGAGGCGAGUGCCGCUUGUGAAUAGUAGAGCUAUGAUGAGAUCACUGACAUUAGUUCUGUUUUUGUUUGGUUUUUCAGAUCAUUGGAGGUUGGUCCGUUGGCGUGUGAUGAGAGGUAGCUUGUUUUGUUCCAACUUCACUGCUGUUGGAAAGAGGGAAUUGAAGAGAGAGGCUGGGUUUGAAUGAUGGCUAGCAAGAAAUCUGCUAUAAAUUGUCUGAGCUGUGCACAGGUCUUUACGGCGUUUGUAUUUAUUUAUGCGGCACGACUUUUGCAUGGAUAUACUAAUCCUGCCGACGUUGCUGCAAUUAAUAGUUUAUAUGCUGCACUUGGAUACCCGUCGCUUCCUGGAUGGGUUCCUAAUGGUGGAGACCCAUGCACUGAGUCUUGGCAAGGAGUUCUAUGUAACAAUACAGAUAUUAGUUCAAUAAUUCUUAUUGAUGCAAAUUUGGGAGGAGAGCUAGGCGAUUGCUUAAGCUCAUUUUCUUCUAUCAAAGAAAUACAACUGAGCAACAACAACAUUGGGGGUAGCAUUCCUUCCAAUCUUCCAGUGACCUUGGAGACCCUGUCUCUCGACGACAAUCAAUUGACUGGAAAAAUACCUGACGUCUUUCAGGGCCUUAUAGGGUUGUUCAAUCUAGAUUUAUCCAGCAACAAUUUGAGCGGGCAACUCCCACCCUCAAUGGAGAAUUUGUCAUCUCUGACCACUCUUCAUUUGCAGAAUAAUCAGCUUUCUGGGACUCUUAAUGAUCUGCAAGAUCUUGCACUCAAAGAUUUGAACAUAGAGAAUAAUUUGUUCAAUGGGCCUAUACCUGAUAAGUUGUUGAGCAUUCCCAAUUUCAAAAAAGAUGGGAAUCCAUUCAACAGUACUACUAUUGCUGCAUUACCUCCACCAUCCUCGACAACACCACCUCCAGCCCCACCAUUUCUUUGGCCACCAUGGGGAGAGGCUGAUGGACCAUGUGAGGAAUCAAAGGCCAAAAGAUGCAAAAAAACUACCAAUAGGGUAGUUUGGAUAGCAACUGCUGGGGUGGUGUUAUCACUUGUAAUUUUGGUAUUAGCAAUUUUGCUUUUCAUAUCAGGGAAUCGGCUAAAAGAAGAGGGCCGUAAGUUGAGCGGUAAAAUGAAAGAAAUGCUAGAGUUAGCUCGGCAGGUCCCGACUUUAAUCUCCAAAGGAAACGGUGAGAUAAAAACCCAAAUCUCCAACUUAGGCGGUGAGAUAAAAACCCAAAUCUCCAAAGGAGGUGAUGAGAUAAAAACCCAAAUCUCCAACGAAGGUGGUGAGAUAAAAACUCAAUUGAGAGAGAUAAAAACCCAAAUCUCCAACCUACCCAGCCCCUGCUGCUGCCUCGACCUCUACCUCGACAUCUACCUCUACCCCUACCCCUGCCGCUGCCCCUACCCCCGUCCCCCACCCCUGUUGUUACAUUCACGCAAUGAAUAGCUAUUGCAAUAGCCUAAAAUGUUUAGAAUUAUUAAUUACAAUGACUUGCCUAAA